AGAACUUUCAACACUUUCAACAGUCAUUAUAAAAAAUUUCACGAAAAAAUGAACACGACAUUUUUGUUUGUUUUCGGUUUAACGCUUUGCUUUGCCACACAAAAAGCGUCCGGAGUGGAUGAAGCCCUGGCAGUAUGGAAAAUGAUUUUAUCUACGACAGGUUCAGCAGAAAUUUUGGGUAUGGAUGAAGCUACAUUAAAAAACCAAAAGGUUAACAAACAAGCGUUCUACAAUAUGACCAAGAUAAAACCAGAAGUGGACCCAGUUACAUAUGACGCUUAUGAACUCAUAGUAGGUCAAUAUAAGCUCGCGGUGAUAAAAGAAAGUAUGAGCCAAAACACUACGGGAGGCAUGUCCGGUCGAUGA